AUGUCCCUCUCAAACAAGCUCUCGGUUACCGAUCUGGACGUUUCCGGAAAACGCGUGUUUAUCCGUGUUGAUUUCAACGUUCCAUUGGACGGAACCAAGAUCACCAACAACCAGCGUAUUGUUGCUGCUCUUCCUACCAUCAAGUACGUUCUUGAGCAGAAGCCAAAGGUGGUGGUCUUGGCAUCGCACCUGGGUCGUCCAAACGGAGAGCCAAACGCCAAAUAUUCUCUUAAGCCUGUUGCUGACGAGCUUGAAUCGCUUUUGGGCUCCAAAGUUGAGUUUUUGUCCGAUUCUGUCGGACCAGAGGUGGAGGCCGCUGUCAACGGUGCUGCUCCAGGAUCGGUUAUUCUUCUAGAAAACCUCCGUUUCCACAUCGAGGAAGAGGGUUCUGCUAAGAAGGACGGUGUCAAGGUCAAGGCCGAUCCUGCUGACGUUAAGAAGUUCAGAGAACAACUCACCUCUCUGGCUGAUGUCUACGUGAACGACGCUUUCGGAACCGCACACAGAGCCCACUCCUCUAUGGUGGGCUUCGACCUUCCACAGAGAGCUGCUGGUUUCCUGAUGGCCAAGGAACUGACCUACUUUGCAAAGGCCCUGGAGAACCCUGUCAGACCAUUCCUCGCUAUCCUGGGAGGUGCCAAGGUCUCUGACAAGAUCCAGCUGAUUGACAAUCUUUUGGACAAGGUCGACUCCAUCAUCGUUGGCGGUGGUAUGGCUUUCACCUUCAACAAGAUCGUCAACGGCAUGGCUAUUGGCCAGUCGCUUUUUGAUGAAGCUGGAGCCAAGACCGUUCCAGACCUUGUUGCCAAGGCCAAAAAGAACGGCGUCAAGAUUGUGUUGCCAGUUGAUUUUGUCACUGCCGACAAGUUCGACAAGGACGCUGCCACUGGCUAUGCCACUCUCGAAGAGGGUAUCCCAGAUGAAUGGCAAGGACUUGAUGCUGGUGAGAAGACCAGAGAGCUGUUUGCCAGCACCAUUGCCGAGGCCAAGACUAUUGUCUGGAACGGACCUCCCGGUGUCUUUGAGUUUGACAAGUUUGCUGCCGGAACCAAGGCCAUGCUGGAUUCUUGUGUGAAGUCUGCUGAGGCCGGUAACACUGUUAUCAUCGGUGGUGGUGAUACCGCUACCGUUGCCAAGAAGUUCGGUGCUGCCGACAAGCUUUCUCACGUUUCCACCGGUGGUGGAGCUUCUCUCGAGUUGCUUGAGGGAAAGGCUCUUCCAGGUGUUGUCUAUCUCUCCGACAAAUAA